AUGUUUGCAGUAUGGAUCACUACACUUUUUCUUCUUCAUGCAGCCAGAGGAAGGGAAGUUUGCUACAAAAGGCUUGGAUGCUUUACAGAUAGCCCUCCUUGGUCUGGCAUCCCAGGGAGACAACUGGCAGGCUUGCCUAGCUCUCCAGAAGCUGUGAACACCAACUUCCUCCUAUACACUAGAAACAACAUCAUGAUAUAUCAAAAAAUUUCUGCUAUAAAUCCUUCAACUAUCAAAGCUUCAAAUUUCCGAACGCACAGGAAAACUCGCUUCAUUAUACACGGUCAUCUUGCUGGAGCAGACCUCCCCUGGAUAACAAACAUAUGUAGGCUCAUGUUUCACACUGAAGAUGUGAAUUGCAUUUUGACUGACUGGAGAGGCGGCUCUAGUGGUUUGUACACUGACGCAGUUAACAACGUCCGCAUUGUGGGGGCUGAGCUGGUAUAUCUGAUGAACCUCCUUGAGAAAGAUUACGGCUACUCUCCUGACAACAUUCACUUAAUCGGCCACAGUCUUGGAGCACAUGCUGCAGGGGAAGCAGGAAGAAGGAAACCUGGCAUUGGAAGAAUAACAGGUUUGGAUCCAGCUGGACCCCUUUUCCAGUAUACUCCCACAAUGGUUAGGCUGGAUCCUUCAGAUGCAAAAUUUGUUGAUGUAAUUCAUACUCAUGCCGGUCAUCUUUUCUUCGACUUUGCUCCAGGGAUUCUUCAGACUUGUGGCCACCUGGAUUUUUACCCAAAUGGUGGCAAGAAGAUGCCAGGAUGCAAGCAGCUUCGUGUACCUCCUGCAACUCGGGAUAUCAAUGACCUUAUGAAAGAAUAUAGAUCUAUUGGAUGCGGACAUAAAAGAAGCCUCCGGUAUUAUGCUGAGAGUAUUAUCACUCCAAACGGAUUUGUUGGGUAUCAAUGUGAAUCAUACCGAGCUUUUGUAUUGGGAGACUGCUUCCCAUGUCCAAUGGAAGGAUGCCCACUGAUGGGUCAUUAUGCUGAUAAAUUUUCACAUAAAAAUGAAAAAGAAGAGCAAAAGGUUUAUUUAAACACAGGGCCCUCCCCUCCAUAUGCUC